AUGGUGAUCCAUGGUGACAUUGAAAUGUUUGAGAGACUAUUAAGAUCAAUUUAUACUCCUCAGAAUAUUUACUGUGUGCAUAUAGAUCGAAAAUCUCCACACACUUUUCAUCAGGCUGUGCAAGCUAUAGCUUCCUGCUUUGACAAUGUGUUUGUCGCAUCUAAGUUGGAGCCAGUAGUAUAUGCUUCGUGGUCUCGUGUCCAGGCUGAUCUGAACUGCAUGGAAGACCUACUGAAUAGUACUGUAGAGUGGAAAUACCUUAUCAAUACCUGCGGAACAGAUUUCCCAAUAAAAACUAAUGCUGAAAUAGUCACAUCCUUAAAAUCACUGAAUGGGAAAAACAGCAUGGAGUCAGAACCAUCACCUGGAGCUAAAAAAUUGAGAUGGGAAUACCGCUUUGAAGUUACAGAUCGCAUUGUGCAAACAUCUGUUAUUAGAACCUACAAAAGAAAAACCUUACCACCAAUCAGAAUCCCAAUGUAUUUAGGCAGUGCUUAUGUUGUGGUCACCAGAGAUUUUGUGAAGUACAUACAUGAAAAUGUAGAAAUUCAAAAAUUCUUUAGAUCGGCUGAAGAUACUUAUCACCCGGAUGAGCAUGUAUGGGCAACAAUAAACUGCAUGCCUGAAGUACCUGGAUCUAUACCCUAUAAUACGAAAUUUGAUGUUUGA